AUGGCGCACCUUUGUCUACAACAAGGCGGUCGCGCAGCGGCAGCGAAGGCGUCACAAACGUUGUGCGGCCACACAUUUUCCGCGGAGCAUCAUCAUUUUCUGUGCGCGAUUGCUCAGACGAGAGGUUGGCCUGGCCGCGUGUGGGUCCCCGUCCCAGUCGUGGUGCUCCUUUCUCUCCCACUGGCGGACAGCCCAUUUGCACCGGUGCGACUGGAGAGCUCCGACACGAGCGUAUGUGUGUACCACAGCUCCCAGUUUAUGGAGCCGCUGGACGUCCUGCGAGAGCGGUGGAAGGCCCACGUGCGUUGCCUUGAAAAUGCGGAGAAGGGCCGCAACGUGGCGCUACUGGCAUCGCGGGCGGCGUCAGAGGCACUUCCGCUGAGCACCAAUGGCGAACGAUUUGACAGUGCUACGGAGGAGUGCAUGCUACGUAUAAUGGGCAGCCGCGUAAACGCGAGUCGGUACUGGGCAACGGAGGCUGAGGCGAAGUGGCUGUAUUGUGCACCGUUCACAGACGCCUUCCUCUCGAAUCCAGGGAACCGUGUCGUCUCUUACGCGAACGAGCUUUACCGUCCCAUGGCGCUCUACAACGUGGAGGGCACUGUCGACGCUAGCCGCUUCAACUCGCUCACGUGCUGCCGUUACGACCCGGUGAAUUACACCGGCCAUUUCUACAAACCUGCGGUGGCGGUGCGCAUGAAGGCGUUUGCGCUUCGGUACAACUGUCUCCACGAGCGGCAGUGGAUCACACACCGCCGCGCAAGGCACCUCGGACUUUCCAGACUGCCGCAUGUACCACUUCUUACUUUUGAUAUUCCACUCUCCCUCGUCAACAUUGACGCCACGUACAGAACGAGUGCACCGGGGUUAAUGACUCCACCCGCGAUAGCCGCGGACUGCGUCUUCCCAUCAGAAGACGUCCUCGAGGCCCCAGAGCCUCAGUGCGAGAGACGGCUGCUGUUACCGCCGCUUUCAUGA